CGUGUGUUAAAUGAAAUACCGGACAGCGUUGUCGCGCAAGAAGCGAACAAGUUGGACACGCCAGCCCCUCUGGACAAGUGUCAAUCCCAGGGACAGGUGUCUGCAUACGUCGAACUAGACUUCACCCCAUCGCAAGCUGUCAUACGUCUGAGUUCCGAACAAAGUUCACGAUGAGUGACUUCCCUUAUGAUCCGAACCCACAUCAGCAACAACAGCAGAAGCAAGAGCAACAGCUUCAGGAGCGACAACAUGAAGAAGCUGAAACGAGUCGUGUGGGUACGGUACGUUGUUCUGCCGCCCUGACUCGCGUCACAAAGGACAUCAACGACUUGGACCUGCCCAGUACGUGUCAGACGGUGUUCCCGAACCCCGACGACCUGAUGAACUUCAAGCUGACCAUCUGUCCCGAAGAGGGCUUCUACCGCAACGGUCGGUUCGUGUUCAACUUUCGAGUCGGCGACAGCUAUCCGCACAAGCCGCCCAAGGUGAAGUGCGAGACGCGAGUGUUCCACCCGAACAUCGACCUCAAGGGUCACGUGUGCCUCAACAUACUACGCAGUGAUUGGAAUCCAGUGAUGACCCUGGGUUCGGUCGUGGUCGCGCUGCAGUUCGUCCUCCUCGAGCCCAACACGGACGAUCCGUUCAACGAGGAAGCCGGACAGGUGCUUCUUCACAACCGGAAACUGUUCGAGGAGUACGUCGGAAUAUCUAUGUCCGGAGGGCGCGUCGGGUCGACGUACUACGACUACUGCCUCAAGUAACCUGUCGUCCGCGGUUCAUGUAACCCUCCGCACCGUGCACCUUCCUUUAGCAGACGUCAAUAAAAGUGUCGUGACGUCAGCUGCUUGUACCCGUUGCUAAUAUGCGU